AUGGCAAGGUGGCCUUCUUCCCGCACUUAUAGGUUAGUAAAGAGAACUAGUGGGAAGAAGGACCGGCACAGCAAGAUCUGCACCGCUCAGGGCCCGAGAGACAGGAGGAUGAGGUUGUCAGUUCAGAUUGCCCGGAAGUUCUUUGAUCUUCAAGACUUGCUUGGUUUCGACAAAGCGAGCAAGACCAUCGACUGGCUUUUCACAAAAUCCAAGUCUGCCAUCAAGGAACUGAAGCAUCACCUUGUCUUGCCGAGCUGCAGUACUAGCACCAUUGGUACAGCAAACUACAUCAACUCCCUCUCUACUUCUGCCGGGAGUGAUGAAGUUGUAUCUCAGACGAUGCAGACUCAUUGUGCUCAAAAGGAUGAAUCUUCCAUCGGCGGAAUGGAUAAAGAUCCAAAGCAGAACUUGCGUAGAUCAUGUAAGGUUUGGAAAGGAUCAAGGGACGAGGCAAGAGCAAGGGCAAGAGAAAGAACAAGGGAGAAAAUGAGGAUGAGACUAAGCUGCCAAACUAAUCAGGAUGAAGAAAACCCUAAAGAUUUAGGGUUGAGCUUGAAGAAGGAAGCGGAGAAACUCACCAAUCACGAAUUGGUUGAACAAGGUGGAACUGUUUCCUUGAUGAGGAACAAUGCUGAUGAUCACAGAACUCUCAUGCGAAGAUCAGUUAGUGCAUCGAGAAGCAGGCCCAGUUUCGAGGGGGAAUUUCCGGGUUUUACUGGGUCUGGGAAUUGGGUUACCAAGAUGCAGUCUUUUCAACGCACGACAAACGUGAUCAAGACAUUAGCAGGUAACAGCGUGCUGCAGGUGGAAAACCCUAGCGCACCAAUUAUGGGCAUGACUACCGAACAACAAGAGCCCAAUAAUACUACUACUUCAUUUCACUCUUUCAGCGGUUCAAAUACCCAGGAACAGAAUUAUUCUGGUACUUCAAAAUUCACUACUCCCAUACCAAAACCAAUCACAACAGAAGUAGUAAACCCUUACUCGAUUAAUUUCAUGCCCAACCAAGACCAAAACCGUAACCGUAAUUCAUUUUUCAUUACCACCUUGAUUUCUCAGCACCAAAACUCAAGUCAGUUCCUCAAGUUUAACUGA